ACUGAUAUCCAGGUUGUCUUCUCAACCAUCAAUGUCGUCGAAUGGAUAGUGCUAACUCAAUAUGAAUUCGCACCCCGAGACACUGAGCGGGAGAGGUCUCCUGCAUAAAUGUACCACGCUGCCUGAGUCCCCAGAAGGCGCCAUGUCAGACGUGCAUACCGGUCUUUCAAGACGAAUAAAGGCCUCGACUUUCCAGCUUUGACAAUAAUUGAUUCCGCGCGUUGGCAAAGAUGACUGUACAAAAAAGAGUCGUUCUUGGAGGACCGUUGAAUUAGCGGGCCGAGGUCAAUGCGCGAGCUGGCUGGACGUGCGGGCUUCCGCUCUCCGCAGACUGGGGUGAGGUUGACCAUCCUGUCACUCUUUCCCUCAACUCCAAACUGAUAUGCAUCCCGAAAUGAACACAUCCUUCUCGCUGCCGCCUACUCGUCGGACAAACCAAGCUUGUGAUGCCUGCAAACUGAGGAAGGUCAAAUGCAACGGUCAAGAAAAAUGCCAGCAAUGCAAUCAUCUUAACCUCCGCUGUGUCUACUCCGCGCCAAAGCCAAGAACGAAGACACUGAAGCGUGGAAAACUUAUUGCGCAGUAUAAAGAAAACACCAGUGGACGCGCCGAGAACUCCGAAUCGAGUCCAGCUCAGCCAUCGCCUUCCGUCAUCACUCACGAUGCUCCGUUCUUCACCAGUUUCUUGGACGAUUAUGAGGUGUCAGUCUAUCCUGUCAAUCCCAUCAUGACUGUCGAUGAUGUGUUGGCGUCAAUCAGGGAGAUGGACCAGAACGCAGAAGCCAAAUCAUUUGUCUACGCGUACACAGCCAUCACAAUUGCCUUGACGAAUAAAAGUCCAGACAGCUCCAGUGACUCUCAAUCGCAAGUCAGAUAUUGGCUAGAUGAACUCAUCAAAGCCAGAGCAGCUAUUGCCUUUGACGAGAAGAUGUCUGUCCGAAGGGUCAUGAUCAGUCAGUUUGCUCACAUCUCUCUCAUGUGUCUCGCAAACAUGGACAUGUCAUUCUACUAUGUUCGGGAGUCUAUAACCAUGAUUCAGAUGCUACGUAUUGGUCAUCCGGAAGCCAUGGAGAAGUUAAAUGCGAGCGAGCGCGCGCGCAGGCAAAGGUUAUAUUGGGAAGUGUUCAUCCACGAGAGAUAUUUGGCCAUAUCCAAUUAUCGUCCGGUAGUGCUGCCUCCUCUACACGAGCUCCCAGACUUCGACCCGUCAAUACCCCCGGGUGUCCACGAAGGCUUUUCACAAAUUAUCAGGCUCUUCAGACUGAUCGAUGAAGGUUUCCUCGCCAACUGGUUCGGCACCACCACAGUCACGCGGGAAUGGAUCGACAGCAAGCACAAGGAGAUUGACGAAGAACCGGUUGGAAACGAAGCCCAUGUCGGUGUCACACCGCUGACAGACAUGCAACAAGCGGACCUGAUUGUUACGAAACACUGGCUGAGGAUGCUGGUCUGGCAAAUGGCCAUGUCAAAAUGUCUGCUGAGCUCCGUUUCGUCAAAAGAAUCUUUAUCGCUUUCUUUCCCAGUACGAUUAUCAACACAACUCCGCGCACUAAUGACGCGGUUCUCUCGUCAAGCCAUUGAGAUACAUGGUUCUGGCAUUCAACAAAAGCUAUUUGAGCUGACGGAUACGAUCGCUAAUGUCAUCAUCACUGUUCCUGCGUCAACAGUCCAAGAGACGGCAGGUCGUGUUGACGACUUCACAUUCUUACUGGGCUUCCUGUUUUCUCUGCCAAGCUUCGAUCCAGUUCAGAAAGACAUCCUACAAAACAAGUUGGAGCAACUACAGUCGCUCUUCCCUUACUCGGCAAGCGAAGCCGGUGCGUCACCAGCGGCCAGCGACGUCACUACCACGUCUAGCAGCAGGCCACCACAGUACGAUCUUCCAUCACCUCCGUCCCGGAUCGUUUGGCACGAGAUGGCGAAGAAGCUAUCGAUGGCUCAGCCUCAGGAGAUGCCGACAUCAAAUCCGGCACGACUUAUUGAAGGCGUCUGAAAGUCACGACCGUAGGGGAGAGAUUCUGGUGCUGUGUCGACGUGAAGAGCCUUUCUAGAAGGCCGAACUUGUCGAAGGGGAGUCUUGAUCGUGGGAAAGGGGCACAAGGGGAUUCAGGGGGUCACACUAGAAGCAGAUGAAGGUGUGGCAUGCACAAGAGUGGGUGUUGUUACUGUUGCUGGGAAGCUCAUUUCCAUCACGAUCAGCACCUUAUGAGUAGGUAGCUGGUGGACACAGAGCUUGACAUCGGGGUCGCCUAUUUGCUAUGGCCACGAUGCUCAUACGAAUUGCACGUAUCGACAACCGUAAUGCUUUGUUUUCGCGAAUCACUCAUCUCCUACUUGAUCAUUACCCUGACGCCAGAAGAGUAACAUGACGACAGUCGCUCUCACCAGUGAACGUCAGGGGU